ACUUUUGUUUUUUUUUGUUUUUUUUUUUUGUUUUUUUUAUUUGCGAUUGCUUUAAACGGUCGUAAAUUUUGCUAUUUUAUAUUUUUCUCGUAUUUGUGACUGUUUUCCGACCACAAAAAUUCGGUCACAAAAUUUGCGACCUUAUUGCGAUCAAAUCUGGAUUGGUCUUUAAUUUUGCGAUUGUUUUGGUUUUAGUCACAAAUCGGUCGCUAAUUUUGCGACCGUCUUAUGUUAGUCGCAAAAUUUGGUCGCAAUUGCCUAGUUUUCUAGUAGUGACAUAGUUUAGCUAAUAGAUGUAGAUAGAGUGAUAGUGAAGGUAGGUCAUGAGGUAUAGGACGUAGAGAGAAAUGUUGAAUUUAAUAUGGUUUUACUAGAAUAGAAACGAUCUUCUAAACUUCCAGUGUGCAAAUUUGUUGGUUACACACUCAAGUUUUUGAAAGUUACAUGUUAUUUUGCGUACCUAUAUAGAUUUUUUUAUUCAAAUUAACGAUGUAGUUCAUUAUAAAUAUUCAUGAAAACAAACGUAAGUGUGUAGAAAAAAUAAAAUAUAUAACCAAACAAAAUACUCAUAUUUUGACAAUUUUGAAUCUUAACAUUUAUUUGCUGAAAUGUUAGCAUCUGACACUGAUAGAUGGCCCCUUUGUAAAACCAAAAAAAAAAAAAAAAAAGGUGUUGUGGGUAAAAAUUACGUUAAACUUGUCAUGGUGGGGUGUGCUCUCUGAUAUUUCCAAUUUGUGCUUCCUGUAAUUCUUAAAUGGUCCCGUACACAAGCCAUCUUUUUGCCCCUUCAUCAUUACGAUUUGAGAACAUGGUUCUCUGAGGACAUCAAUUACUCUUGAGGAAAUAAAGAAAGAUAUUAGAGAAUAUUCUAUGUAAAAUGUCAUAGAAAAGGCCUAGUAGAAUGCACCUGUUGGCUGUUUAUAUUAAUAAUAUAAAAAAAAGCCUCUCAAACAUGUAAAUAUUGUGUUGAAAUACAUAAAAAGAAUGUAAUAUUUUCAGCAACAUAAGUUCAAACUCGAUCUGAAUUCCAGAUAAUGUCUAAUUUUUCCUUGUACCUCAAAUAUGAAUUGUAAUGUUUAACGUUCUAGCAAAUUUGACGUUUAUGGCACUCACUUGUAGUUGUUGUUACGUAUAUAAUAAAAUAUUAUUAUUUAUAUUUUCACAAAUUUUAUGAAAUUGUUUUCAAUAUAUCUUUUUCAAGCUUUUGUUUUCUCGACUACCAAGCAUUCCUUCUGAAGAAACAUUAUAAUUUCUCUUGCUUAACUAUCACCUUCAUUGUGAUCCCCCUCUGGUUCUCUGCUCAUUUUAUGAUAUUCUCAUCUUUUUUACUUACUAUUUACUAACUUCUUCUUGAUAUCUGUAACCUAUAACCCCUUCAUAAAUCUGUUAAUAAUAAAAUAAUUUAAAGUAAAACCUUUCUUUUCUGGUCUUCUCUUACAUAAAGCUAUCCUUUUCUCCAAUUCUUCGUCAAACCUCAAACCUAACCUACUGCAAGUCUACUACUGAUAAAGCCUACACACUCUUUACUACUGAUAAACCCUUCUCUCUCUCUCUCUCUGAAAGACAAUGCAAAAGGUUAAUCAUAAGGCACUCAUGAUAUAAUCACAACUCAAAAACCUUUCUUAAACACACGUACCAUCCAAUCUGUCUUCUUUCAUUAUAUCUUUUGUUAAAAACUCAUUUCAACUCCAUGUUUCUGGCCUCAAGAACUACCUCAAUGAAAACAACUUUGCCUGAUCUAUCCUUACAGAUCAGUCCACCGGUUUCCGAUCGUAUCAACAUCUCAAACUGCAGCUCACCCACCACUGAUUCCAACAGCAGCUGUAGCGAUUUAAGCCAUGAAAAUGGUAUAAACGUGUUCAACCAACAGUAUUACCAGCCACCGGCUGUGGAUGUGCGAGGGUUUGUUACCCAUGGACUGCAGCUUGAUCAUCAGCCUCGGUUGAGCUUGGGGAUCGAGAAUAUGGGCGCUUUCGAUCCAGCUCUCUCACAUCAUCCCAUGAUGCCUUUGCAUCUACAAAGAAAUAGUCUUCUUACGCAACAUCAGUAUGGAAAUCAACAUUAUCUUCACCCUCAAAACUACUGCCAUGAGUUUAAGAGGAGUUCCAGGAUGGGUACCCGUGUUAGAAGGAUCGUUCGGGCGCCUCGUAUGCGAUGGACUUCGACGCUACACGCUCACUUUGUUCAUGCAGUUCAACUCCUUGGUGGCCAUGAAAGAGCUACCCCUAAAUCAGUGUUGGAGUUAAUGAAUGUGAAGGAUCUAACUCUUGCUCACGUUAAGAGUCAUCUACAGAUGUAUAGAACAGUGAAGAGCACUGACAAAGGAGCAGCUGGAUUUGCGGACAUGGAUAUGAUAAAUCCAAGGACUCCAAGGACAUUACUUCAAAUGGAGGGGGGUAUGUCAACGUUUGAUGAGAAAAUGGAUGAUACUAACAACCCCAACCCACCGACUACACUACAAACAUCCCCAAGCAGAGGAGCGUGGUCAUUGUCAAUGGAGUCAUAUGAUUCAAGCUUCUCGAGUCAAGAUUAUACGACAAAUUGUUCUACACUUGGAAGAACUGAUAUAAUGGUAGAUGAACAUGAGACAUCCUUACACCUGAUUGAAGAACAUAAAAUGUUGGAGAAUUGUAGUAGGAUUAAGUCUCAAGUGUCAUCAGGUAUGUUACCGAAUCUUGAGUUCACCCUCGGAAGGCCAAACUAGCAAGUGGACGACUGGAUCCUCAAGCAGAAAUGAAUGUUGUUCUCCGUCUAAUUUGUUUAAUAACAUAUGAAUGUUUAUCUAAGCAGCGAAGAAGUGUUUAAUGUUGCUUGGUGUGGCGGUUUAUGUUAACCUUUAACAAUUUUGUAUGAUGUAGCAUGUAGAGGUGAAACUGGAGAGAUGGAAGCAAACGAUCUUCAGAAUGAAUUAUAUCUUAAUUAACUUUCAAGAUCUUAAUUAGGUUAAUUGUUUAUUCACU